AACGAAUGAAUUGCCGAUUGGAAGAAAAAAACGAAAUCAAAGACAGCGAAUUGUCACUCACGGCGAAAUCUUUAUUUUUUGGAAAGCAGUCAAUUGGUUCGUUGGUAUUCCAUUUGGUCAGUUGUAAAUACGUGCUUUUAUAUACGAUUGUCGCAGAAUUGUUUAAUAAUUUUACAAUAAAAUGCCUGCACCAGCCAGUUCAACCUCUGUGGGCAGUGGCUCACGCUCGCCAACGAAAAUCUCAGCGCCACGCAGCGCUGGCGCUGGUGGUAGUAACCUGAAGCAACGUAAGACAACAAGUAGUACCACAGCAGCUAGAAGUCGCACCACUGGCGCUGGCACUGGUGGCAUGUGGCGAUUCUACACCGACGACUCCCCCGGUAUUAAAGUUGGUCCGGUUCCCGUCUUGGUAAUGUCUCUGCUAUUCAUCGCCUCGGUAUUCAUGCUGCACAUUUGGGGCAAAUACAAUCGUUCUUAAGGAAGUUAGCGCAGCGCAAAAAAAGUAUGUGUGCAGCGACGACGGCAAUAUCCAAACAACCAUAAGCGGGCACCAAGGAAUGUUGACGAUAAUUUAUCAUGUCUGUAAGAAAGGUGCUCAGUAAUGGCCACUUGCUGCUUGCUGCACGCCUCUAUAAUUUUGCACUAAUAUCCAAUAUAAACUUUCGUUUUAAGUUUAGCAAACUAAGUUCAUUUUUUACAGAAAUUAAAUUUCCAUACCAAUGCCACCUAAAAGUAUGCAAGGGAAAAGUUCAUUCCACUUUUGUUAGCGGAUAUUCUUUAAGGUGCUUUUGGUAAAACAAAUGCGUUGAGAUCUUUUGGUGUUUCCAUUAAAUCCUUUAGAUACUGUUAAAACUAAACUUAUAGCCAAAUUCUGUAUCGGUGGCAAACAUUUUUUACUGACAAAUUUAAACUUUUUCAUAUAUUUUUCGGUAAUAAAAACUGUGACAAGAAUUUGUCAGCGAUACAGAAUGGAGCCGUUAUUCGUAUGAUUUACAAAAGUAGGUACUUCGAAACAAAGUAAAUAUCAUAAGAUAAUAAAAAUAAAUUAAAAAAAAGUAA